GUGUACGUGGAAUCGUUUAUAACAAUAACAGUCGAAUACGAUGGAAUAUCCAGAAGAGAUGUUUAUAAUAUGGAUGUGUCGUGUUUUACUCCGUUAACCCCCAUUUAAAACACAAGACAUGUUAUGAUGGAGUCAGCAGAAACCAGAAAAUAUGUACAGAAUCUUCAUCCUGCUCACUCACAGCAUCUUUUGGAGGACGUGAAGACGGAGACUCGGACAUCUUCAAGUGGAGAUUCAGCCAGCUCUCUGGAUAGUAUCGGCUCUGUGCACCAGGAGAGUGAAGGAUUUUUUAAGAAGAUUGUUAUAAAGGAGGAACCAGAAGAUGAAAGCUGCUGUAAGAUGACAGACGGAGGGUCAACACGCUCUGGGGAUGAAAUCACUCGAGUGGAGCAGCAGAACGAAGGAAUAGUGAAGCUUGUAAUAAAGGAAGAGGCUGAAGACGAAGACGACUCUUGUGGUGAAGCAACAAGCUCUCUGGAACAGACCGCCUCUGGGGACAAUCAGAACGGAGGACUCUUAAACAGGCCUGACAAAGAGGAAGAACCUGAAGAUGACGAUUACCUCUACUGUGAAGACUGCAAAUCCUUCUACGUUAAUUCGUGCGAGGUACACGGUCCUGCACUCUUCAUCCCUGAUACUACCGUUCCCAUGGGGGUUGCUGACCGAGCGAGACAGACCCUUCCGUCUGGUCUGGAGAUUCAGAUGUCUGGUAUUCCUAACGCAGGCCUGGGAGUGUUCAAUCAGGGCGAGGCUAUUCCGCUCGGUGUGCACUUCGGACCCUAUCAGGGAGACAUGGUAGACAGAGAGGAAGCCAUGAACAGUGAAUAUUCAUGGGUGAUAUUCAGAAGUAAUCAGUGUGAGGAAUACAUCGAUGCCAGGAGAGAGACACACGCUAACUGGAUGAGGUAUGUCAGUUGUGCUCGUAAUGAUGAGGAGCAUAAUCUAGUGGCACUUCAGUAUCAAGGAAUGAUUCUUUACCGCUGCUGUCAACCCAUCAAACCAGGACAGGAGCUCUCGGUGUGGUACGAUGAGACUUACGCUAAAGAUUUCAGCGUCACCUUCGACCUCCUUUGGAAGAAAAAGUCCUCCGCAGAAGAAAUGGAAAGCUCCCUUUUACUUCUCCUCUGCCCCUUCUGUCCACUUUCCUUCUCCUCUCAAAAUGAUCUCGACACACACGUCAGGAGACGCCACCUUGAGGAAUACGUGCGACUCCUAAACUCAGAAGAGACUGAUUUUGACAGUCUGAUGCCGACCAGUAGCUACAUCAGUCAGUGCACGACGUCGGCCACUCUGAGUGAAAACCUCUCUCACAUACCGGUACAGAAAGGAUGUUACAUCUGCUCAGAGUGUGGCAAGAGUUUCACAUACCCAAGUCGCCUCAAACGACACCAGCGCAUUCACACAGGAGAGAAGCCCUAUCACUGCCUAGAGUGUGGGAAGAGUUUUACUGAGAGCGCGCAUCUUCAAAUACACCAGCGCAUUCACACAGGAGAGAAACCGUAUCACUGCUCGCACUGCGAGAAGAGUUUCAACGACAAGAACGUUCUCCAAAGACACGAGCAGAUUCACUCGGGCGAGAAGCCGUAUCACUGCUCCGAGUGCGAGAAGAGCUUCACUCGCCUGAGCAGUCUCCAGCUGCACCAGCGCAUUCACACAGGAGAAAAGCCGUAUCGGUGUCCGCAGUGCGGAAAGAAUUUCAGUCAUCUGAGUCACCUCUAUCAACACCAGCGCGUUCACACCGGCGAGAAGCCGUAUCCCUGCUUGCAGUGUGGGAAGAGUUUUACCAAUAGCAGCGAUCUCCAGCGGCACCUGCGCAUUCACACGGGAGAGAAACCAUAUCAGUGUUCACACUGUGGGAAAAGUUUCACACAGAAAGGUGGACUUCAAGUACACCAGCGCAUUCAUACGAGAGAGAGAAAGCCAUUGACGGUGUGAAAAAUAAACUUGUGUGGCCUCAGCUAGCAGCACAGAUCUGUCAUCUUGGGACGCCACAACCUACGAUACAUUUGUACAGUUUAUAAAUUUGUUUAAUUUAUUUUAGAGGACCAUGUGCUUUUAAACGGAUCUUUUAAAUUGGUUGUUAGCUUAACAUGUUCUUUUAUCUCUCAAGUGUUCAUAUGAUUUGUUCAAAGGUCUCCGUUCUUGGAGACAUCAUACCUUGACCCCAAGCCAAAAUUGGAGCCAGGGUUUAGCUGCCUUUAUACAACAGUUAGUUCCGACCUUACAAUCUGAUUGGUUGAGAAGCGUUCUAACCGUGCUGAUAUCGGUGAUAACAGCACGGCCUUUUCACACCACAACUGUAUUACUCCGCUGACGCGUUGCCAGUUACGACAGCUGAAUACGCUGGAAUUGGCGAGAAACUAACAGAAUACAAUUCGGCAAACAAGAUGGGCUACGACGUGCUUUACAGACUGGCUGUUACACUAUAUGCCUUUUUUAGCCUACUGUGUUAAGGCAGGGUAGGGAAUUUUUACCGUUGCAUAGCAGCAACUCAUUCGUUGUGGAACUACUUAUAGUCGUGAUGUUAUUCGUGAUAACACACUCCCUCUCGUGUUCUACUGCUUAAAUAAAAUCCAUAGGGCACAAAUUUGGUAAUCCAUUCAGGAUCAACCCACGUAACACUGGCACAUGUGGUACUGUGCAACAAUACCACAAGAGGAAAUACCCCGUCAUAGCACUAAAUGGCAAAAAGGAAGAACAACCACAGGGCAGCUGUAGUCUAGUGGUUAAGGUACUGGACUAGUGAUCAGAAGUUUGCCGGUUCAAGCCUCAUCUCUGCCAGGUUACCACUGUUGCGCUCCUAAGCAAGGCCCUUAACCCUCAAUUGCUUAGAAAAUAUACUGGCACAGUACUGUAAGUCGCUUUUGAUAAAAGCGACAGCUAAAUGCAGAAAAUCUAAAUUGAAAAAAAUCUAACCACGUUAUCUUGAUUAGCAUAAAAUGUUAAACAGCUUAAAAUUCGAACUGUAGUAACAGGCUGUAAUAAUAACGAACUAAUUUACCAAUCGCCAAGAAUUGCCUGCUGUUCGUUUAAAUAAGGGUCAUUUUAAUUCAUUUUUAACAGCUAAUGCCUGAUAUCUGAAUUGAGACCAAAGAUGACACUAAGAAGAUCACAUCAGCAGCGGGGAAAGAAAGCAGAAAUUUACAGACUGUGUGUGGUGAAUUAAUCCCUGUACACGUGAAUUUAUGUAUACAGCGGUUCCUUGUAACUCAACGUCCCCUAAACCCAAAAUCUUUGAAACUCAACACCCUUUGUCAAGAGAUUUGUACCCUUAAACUCAACGUGAGUGAGACUGUCGCUUUGUUCAGCGUCAUCAAAGUGCGAAUACGAGAUGAUUCUGCGUUUGUGUGGAAUAAGCGUCAGAUCCAGUCUAAAAGCUCCACGCGUAUCUGUGUUUAUCUGGAUUCUCCUCCCUGUUUCACUUUUAAACUUGUGUUACAGCUCCAGGUUCUGAGAAAUUGUGAGAAUCAGAAUCAGCUCCUCCCAGAGUCUAAAACACUUUAUGUAUUAAAAGAACAACACUGAAACACUAAACUUCUCUUAAUUAUUACUAACCAUAAGUUCUCUCCACUAAUUACGAAUCAUAAGAAAAGAAUAAAGAAUUAAAGCUAAAA